GCCUCAGAAGACACCCUGCCACAGGUGAACACAACUCCUCAGAGCACGCUCGGGCCCCAGUGUCCCCACCAUGGGCAACAGCGCGGGUCGCAGCGACUUCGAGUGGGUCUACAGCGACCAGCCGCACACACAGAGGCGCAAGGAGAUGCUCGCCAAGUACCCAGUCAUCAAGUCCUUGAUGCGGCCAGACCCCUACCUCAAAUGGACAGUGCUGGGAAUGGUGUUGGUGCAGUUGCUGGUCUGCUGGCUGGUGCAGGGGCUCUCUUGGCGAUGGCUGUUGUUCUGGUCUUAUGCAUUUGGUGGCUGUAUCAACCAUUCGCUGACACUGGCCAUCCAUGACAUCUCGCACAAUACUGCCUUUGGCACAAACUUUCCCUCCCGAAACCGCUGGUUUGCCAUCUUUGCUAAUCUGCCCAUUGGCGUACCCUAUGCCACAUCCUUCAAAAAGUACCACGUGGACCACCAUCGUUAUCUGGGCGGCGACGGGCUGGAUGUGGACAUUCCCACAGACUUUGAAGGCUGGUUCUUCUGUACACCGGCUCGCAAGCUGCUGUGGCUGACACUACAACCCCUUUUCUACACGCUGCGGCCACUCUAUGUGAACCCCAAGGCAGUGACCCGUAUGGAGAUGCUCAAUACCCUGGUGCAGCUGGCAGUGAACAUGGCCAUUUUUUCCCUCUGGGGGAUCAAACCCAUAGUUUACCUUCUAGGCAGCACCUUCCUGGGCUUGGGCCUCCACCCUAUCUCUGGCCACUUUGUGGCUGAGCAUUAUAUGUUCCUGAAGGGCCAUGAGACUUACUCCUACUAUGGGCCCCUCAACUGGAUCACCUUCAAUGUGGGCUACCACAUGGAACAUCAUGACUUCCCCAGCAUCCCUGGCUGCUACCUGCCACUGUCAGUGUGCUGUCCUUCUCUUGGCCUGAACCUGAUCUCCGGAGAAUGAGGUCUGACUGAAUCCAUGUGGGUAAAGUCCAGCCCGUGUCUCGUCCCCUCAGGCUCAAGAAGGGUGUUUCACAUGGGGAAUGGUCACAAGGCUUCCAUUGCUGGUCUCCUGACCAUAUGGACAUUGACCCUUGAGACCAAGGGUCAGAGGCUCUCUGGAGCCACACGAAGAGUAAGUGCUGGGACUUCCCUAGGUUGCCAUGGAAUGUGCCUGGCAAUGCCACAGGAGCAGGAAGUCCAUAGGGCCAAAGCUUCCUUUCUCCUCCCCGAGCUCUUCCUUCCAGCACUUGACAGGCAGACUGCAAUGGAAGCCUUGAGUCCAAGAGUGUGUUGCACUCAGAGCCCACUCACCUUGUGGUCCUGGGACUGUGAGGCUCCCCACAGGCAGGACCUGAGCUCAGCUCCACAAGCAGGAGGUGCCUGGUGGCCUGGCCACGUUCUUGGGUCCUGGGGACAUUCUGAUGUAGUCUAGCUGCUCUGCGGCUACUCUUAUCUCUUCAGUCCUGCAUCCUCUGCCCUGGCUACUCCCUGUAAAGGGGCAUCCUACCAGGGCAGCCAAGAGCCGGCGCAUGAUAGAGCGAGCCAGAGCCCAAGUGUGGACAGUGAGUGGUUUAUUAUCGUGUGGACAGAACACGCGCUGCGUGGACAGACUGAAACGCCUUGGCUGCUGGGGCUGAGCUGCCUUCCGACAGCUCUGUGGCGUGAAGACCACUCUGCACCCAGCUGCUCACUGCCAGCUGAGGAGCUAACAGUGUCACCUAAGAGAAAACCUGGAAUCCAUCUAAUAAAGCAGGUGAUUUGGGGGCGGUCUCUCUAUAAACCAAAGAAACGUACACUUAAAUAAGCAAAUAUAAAAUACAAAAAAAGAAUA